CAUGCGCAACACAGCCCUCUCACCGCACCGGGCAGAAGAAGUUGCAUCUCUUCAGUCUUCACACAAAGCUGGAAAAUUUAAAAAAAGAAGAAAAAAUCGUAGUUUUUAUAUUUUAAGAAAAGCAUGUCGAUUUUUCGGAGGAGGAGAAAAUGGAGCUGGAUUCGGAUUUGGGUUUUAUUCGUGAUGGUGGCUGCGGUCUGGGCUCAAAGUGUGAAUGAUCCCAGCAAUAUGUCUCUGGUGAAGGAAACAGUGGACAGACUGCUGAAAGGAUACGACAUCAGACUCAGACCCGAUUUCGGAGGUCCUCCAGUGAGAGUGGGAAUGAACAUUGAUAUCGCCAGCAUAGACAUGGUAUCAGAAGUCAACAUGGACUACACCCUCACCAUGUACUUCCAGCAGGCGUGGAGAGAUAAACGCCUCUCAUACUCGGAGAUCCCUCUGAACCUCACACUGGAUAACCGUGUGGCUGAUCAGCUCUGGGUCCCGGACACUUACUUCCUAAACGACAAGAAGUCCUUCGUUCACGGAGUGACGGUGAAGAACAGGAUGAUCCGCCUCCAUCCGGACGGCACCGUGCUCUACGGACUGAGGAUCACUACAACAGCAGCCUGCAUGAUGGAUUUGAGACGCUAUCCGCUGGACGAACAAAACUGUACUCUGGAAAUUGAGAGCUACGGUUACACGACGGACGAUAUCGAGUUUUACUGGCGCGGCGAGAACAGUGCUGUGGCGGGAGUGGAGCGGAUAGAGCUGCCUCAGUUCUCCAUCGUGGACUACAAGCUCAUAGCCAAGAAGGUGGUUUUCUCCACAGGAGCUUACCCUCGCCUGUCCCUCAGCUUCAAGCUGAAGAGGAACAUCGGCUACUUCAUCCUGCAGACCUACAUGCCCUCCAUCCUGAUCACCAUCCUGUCCUGGGUCUCCUUCUGGAUCAACUACGACGCUUCUGCUGCCCGAGUCGCUUUAGGUAUCACCACCGUCCUCACCAUGACGACCAUCAACACUCACCUGCGAGAGACGCUUCCUAAAAUCCCCUACGUCAAAGCCAUUGACAUGUACCUGAUGGGCUGCUUCGUCUUCGUCUUCCUCGCCCUGCUGGAGUACGCUCUCGUCAACUACAUCUUCUUCGGACAAGGACCUCAGCGGCAGAAGAAGGCGGCGGAGAAAGCGUCCAACGCCAACAACGAGAAAAUGAGGAUGGACCCCAACAAGUGGUUGAUGGGAAAUGUAGUUCAGAGAAACGAUGCUCUGUAUGCCAGAAUGAAACCCAGGGAUAUUGACGCUCAUGACUCGAUGUGGGAACCGAUCUUUGUGGACGAUGCGGCGAUAGGACUAGGCGAUCAGAAACAUAAGAUGGACCCUCACGAGAACAUCCUGCUCACACCUCUGGAGAUGAAGAACGAGAUGUCCCCGUCAGAUUUAGCUCUGGGUCUCGGUGACCCGCGCAACACCAUGCUAGCAUACGACAGCUCUGCGCUACAGUACCGGAAAGCAGGACUCGCUCGGCAGAACUUCGGACGGAACGUGCUGGAACGUCACGUCACUCAGAAGAAAAGCCGACUGCGGAGACGCGCCUCGCAGCUGAAGAUCACCAUCCCCGACCUGACGGACGUGAACUCCAUCGACAAGUGGUCGAGGAUGAUCUUCCCCACCGUCUUCUCCUUUUUCAACAUCGUCUACUGGCUCUACUACGUCAACUGAGAUCAGCGUGCUGUUUUUUCUUCUUUAAAACUUUUAUUUUGUUUCCUGCGGUUUAUUUUGGUAAUCCUGUGUUCCAGUACUGUGCAGAACACUCAGCUUUACAGAGGGGUAGGGAUUAGGGCGUAGGGAUUAGGGUUUAGGGAUGAGGGCGUCUAUAAGGUUGUAGGGAUUAGGGUUUAGGGAUGAGGGCGUCUAUAAGGUUGUAGGGAUUAGGGUUUAGGGAUGAGGGCGUCUAUAAGGUUGUAGGGAUUAGGGUUUAGGGAUGAGGGCGUCUAUAAGGUUGUAGGGAUUAGGGUUUAGGGAUGAGGGCGUCUAUAAGGUUGUAGGGAUUAGGGUUUAGGGAUGAGGGCGUCUAUAAGGUUGUAGGGAUUAGGGUGUAGGGACGAGCGAGCAUCUACAACAAUGUAGCUGAAGCUUACUAGCUAGUUAUUAUCUAUCUUGCUAACUAGCUGUCUGUAUUGAAGGAGUUUUAAUUUGAAUGUAGCGAGAAUUUUAUUCCUCUUGUUUACUGUAUUCUUGUUUGGCUUUGUUUUCAGUAUGAUAAAAAAGAAACUGAGAGAAAUUUACAAACUGAGAGAAAUGUAGUGAAGUUUUAGAGGUGACCUGUGGGCAGUGUUUAGUCCAAUACUGGAACACAGACCAUAUUUUAAUACCUUAAACUAUAAACUGGAAUGCUAGUUAGUCUUUCAUCAUUCCUUAAUUGCUGGCUAACAGAACUACACUUCCACAUGAUACAGAGGCUCUACAUGUUUACAUUUAUCUAUCUAUUUAUUUACUUAUUAUAAAAUUUGUGACUACGACUCAAUUUUACAUCCUUUUUAUGAGAAUAUUCAGUGAAACUGCUGACCAGAUAUUAAUCGAUUUUUUUAUUCUUCUUUUUUUUUUUUAUUUAGUAAAAUGUAAAUGAUGUAAUGAAGCUUUUGUUUUUUUUUUACAUUUGUUAGUUUUGAUAUUUAAUAAUUUAUUAAUAAACAGAUAAAGGAAGUUGACUACAGAAACCGAGCUGCUGUUCCUCAGCUUCGUUAAAAAACUGAAUUAAAGACUUUUUAACUCCUCAAUGAAAUUUUGUAAAAUUCAGUGUUUAAAAAAAUUCAGAUUAUACACAGACAGUGUGAGAAUUUCUUUCAAUUCUUUAAAAUAACGAAACCCAGCCAGCAGUUAAGGAGUCAGUGAGAAAAAAUCCAAUGAAAUUUCUCCUUUUUUUGUUCUAUAUUUUGUAAAUAAAUGUUGUAUAGGAUUGUUAUAUGUAUCUGAAUCCAGUAUUAUUAUUAUUAUUAUUAUUAUUAUUAUUAUUGAGCAUAUAUGCGUGUGUUUACAUAGGGAAUGAUCUGUUUCUUUAUAAAGAUGUGAGUUAAAAGCCCGAGCGAGUCGGAGGUGGAGACACUGCGGAGGCGGAGACACUGCAGAAGUGGAGACACUGCAGCGUGUGCGGUUUCGGUUUUUCAGGAAACUUGAAUUUUCUCUUCAAUCUUUUCUUCUUACGCAGGAGGAUGUAAAGAUCUUUCUCUUUAACCUUCAGACUAAAUGCCUGUAAAUGAUGAAGCACAACAUUGAGUGGCGUGAGGAGAAGAGAAGAGGUUAAUAAUGCUCUCUGUCACGCUUUUAUUCCUGAACACAUACAUCUGCACUUUCUAUAAGCAGGUUUUGUUUCGUUUUGUUUGUUUUUUACUCUAAUAACGCCCCAUAAGCCUCUAAUAAAAGCGCUCCUGAUCUAUAGCGAGUUAUAAACCCUGUGGAAGCUGAAACACGUGAUGUUUCCGGAUCACUUCCCGUGCUUUUAUACGUGUCUCAAAGCCAACGCUUUCUCAUUUUAUUUACUUUCCAUGGAUACAUUUAAAUAGAAGUCGUCACCAUGGUAACCUUUAGUCUGGAGUUGUUUCUGCUGUUGCAUUCAAUGCAGUUCCAUGGUUACAUUUAGUCUGUAGUUGUUUCCGUGGUUACACUGAAUCUGUAAUUGUUUCCAUGGAUACCUUCAGCCAGAGAUACAUUUAGGCAGAAUUCAUUUAACUGACUAAAGAUGUUUCCAUGGUAACUACAAUCAGAACUCAUUGUCCAUGUUACAUGUAGGCAGAUGCAGUUUCCAUGGAAACGUUUAGUCCUAAAUUAGUGGUCGCUAUGGUUACAUUCAGUCCGAAGUCCUUUCUGACAUUGAGUUUAGUCUGAAAUGGUUUCCAUGGUAACGUUUAGCCAGAAGUGCUUCCUAAACAUUUACUCUAUAAUCAGAGCAGGCUUCUAGCUGUGUAGUUUGUGUAGUUGUAGUAAUUAAUUUCACUUCUCAUCAUCAUCAUCAUCAUCAUCAUCAUCAUGGUCUUCAUCAUAAUAAUAAUCAUGUGUCCUGCACUGCUCCACACUGAUGACUUUAAAGCAUAUUUCAGUUAUAUAUUUAAUAUUUAUUAGCGAUUUGAAAAGUUUAGCACACUGUCAUAAGUAGUAUUUAUUAGACACUAAGCUAGCUAGCUAAUAUCCUGACAGCGGAAGGCUUCAUUAGCAGCUGCUGUAUCGUUUAUUUGUUUAUAGAGGUAAAUCAAAGCAGGGCGAUUAAACAGGAGGUCUGUGGACGUUAGCAUGUGUGUGUUGUCCGGUGAAACGUCUGGAUCAUUUCACCCUGGUUUCUUUAUUUCCACUGCGUUACUCUUCAUCGUUCUGACGGUCGAUAAACCUUCACUGCUAAUGAAGCGUCUUUGUGUUGACCGUGUUAUUAGCCAGAGUACGAGAGCAAUCAGGGCUUCUUGGGAACGUCAGCGCUGUAAAUAUGACGUCACGCUAAAAGCCCAUCCUGUACAUACACUUACACUUUCUAAUGUUUUAUACUUUACAGUAACGGCAUGGACCACGGCAAAACGGACUGACCAAUAAUGUAAAUAUCUCGAGAAAAAAAACAACAACACGAGAGCCCUUUUUGCCGAGAGAGAAUGUUCUGAUUGCUUUGUGCUGCUGAUUUUAUGACUUUACUGAAAAGCGUAUGAACUCUGACAAUAAAAUAAUCCACUUCAAA